CUCAAUGUGACCGAUUCAUUCUUGUAACACCGGUGAAAAUGCCAUGUCACAGAUUGGCAUGCAUGAUCCUUCAGUACUAAAUGCACAACAGACCAGGGAAUAAAAAGAAUGACAUUCAAUGAGUACAUAUUAUUAGCAUCUGUACUUUUAGUCUGCUCUUUAAUCACAAGUUCUCUUGGAGGAAGGAAAUCUCCAUGUCCACAAUCUGUGGAUAUCGCUUCAAUCCAUAUUACAAAAUGUCCCCAAAACAGAAAAGAAAUGGAAGAUAGAUCUAAAACUUUUAAAUGCGAAGAACGAAAGCAAAACUGCACAACCGCUGACCUAUAUAAAUAUCACUGUGUAUUAAACUCAAGAGGUGAUGGAUACAUUGAACUGUGUGCCCCAGAAGUAGAAAUAAUUGGUAGACGCUGCACUGAAUUUACGACCGGAGGUAAAUUCCUCCAAGAACAUUUAGAGAGUAAAUGUGCAACAUGUCCAUUCAAAUACAUGUCAUCUGAAAGUUACAAAUACGAGGAGUGCUACAAAGUAGAAUUUCCCCGAACUCUUUCAAGUAUAAUGAAAGAAAAGACAACCGAAUCUUUGAAAAAUAAACAUAUAAUUAUUGUUUCAGAGAAUGAUGACAUGGAUGACAGGUCGUUGGAUGAAGCUGUUAAAGAUACGGAAGAAACCCAUCCCGAUGCUGGAAGUGAUGAUGGGGAUACCAUUUAUUUACCCCUUAUAAUAACACUAGCGUGUAUCCUACCUUUAGGAAUUGUCGUCUUUGUUGUUUAUAAAUUAUACUUGCAAAGUAAAAUGGUUACCAUAACGCAGAGACGUAAAGGAGAUAGAACGACUGAUGCACGUAAAGAUGAAUCUGAAAGAUUUACAACGGAAGCAAUUUAAAGAUCAGAGUAUUGUCAAUCAUCUGCCAAGGCCAACAAAGCUUGAAGUUUUAAAACAUCUGAAUACAAUUACAAGGCAAUAGAGAGAACUCAGAGACCUAUCAGUUUAAAAGAAAACAUUAAUAGUGUCGUAAAUACCCGUAUUUGUAAAGAUGUGAUACAUUAUGUGCAAUAUUUUUUAUUCUGUUUUGUUUUAUGUCAAAAAAU